AUCUACGACAAAAUCUCGACCGUCAACAGCGUACUCUACGCCUACCAUAUGCCUAACGCACGAAUUUUAGUUGGUCAAAGUAUCGUAUAUCAAUGAGUUAAAGCGUCAUAAAAGGGCCGGAUUGAAGAAGUGUGCAAACCUUGGUUGUUGCAAGACGAAUCAAAAAACUUGGUGCUGGCAAAGUAGUCAAUGACAUCGAUGACAUUGAUAUGCAUAACUGGAAUGCGACAGUCGCUGGGCCUCCCAACACGCCAUGGUGGGACCAUAUCUUUACAAUUAGUAUUUACUGUAGCGAUGACUAUCCCAAUUCUCCCCCAGUAGCCAGAUUUACUACCAAAGUAAACUUGAAUUUUGUAUCUUCGAAUGGGGAGAUUAACCUACCAAUCCUCCACCAUUGGAAGCCACAAUACACAAUUGAAACACUACUUGAAAACAUAUACGAACAGCUGAAGUGUCUAACAGUAAUACCCGUCAUCUUUGAUCUUGGGAAGAAAUUUUUUGAGUCCUAUUUAAAAAGCCUUGUUAGACUUUGAUGCAGUACUCUAUCUGUCUUAGAGUCUUUCUGCCUUUUGUAAGAGAUAAAAGCAGAGACUUGUCCGGCCGCCAGAAAAAAAAACUCAAUCUUCAAGUAACAUCAUCCGUCCACUCGCAUGAUCAGUAUCUAGAGAGAGCAGGGCGUGUCUUUUUUUUUAGAAUUUAAUGCAGGCGUCAACGAAAAGGAUCUAAGCCUGUACAUUUUGUUUCGGAAGCAAAAAAAAUUUCUAGUGUACAUGUGUACCCUGUAUAAAAUGUUCUUUCGUUUGUGUUACAAAAUUUUUCCACUUUAUUAAGACCGCAUUAUUUCUAUCUUACAAAUGGUAUCAGAGUAGUUGUACUAUCUUGACAUCCCGUUUUUAUACUAUUGUGCAUAUCUAAUCCCGCCGCGCGUUAGAAGGCCCGAUUAAUAUUUCAUGUUUGUUGCAUCGCCCUUGUUCUCAAAGACAAAAAAUAGCAGAUUUAACUUGCUUCUUUUGAGCGAUGGAGAAUACUAUUUUACCGAUUGCUCUGUCAAUCUCUGCUCUGCAGUAUAUAGCUCGGAAGCAGCUCAGUUAAAACGGAUAGGGGGCCGCCUCAAAGUAUGCAGUAAGUCUCUAUUCUUCGAACCAAAAAACUUCGAAUUGCCUAUAAUAAGAUACGAGUAUAGAAGCAUUAAAGAGAUAGGUGUGAACAAAACAGAAUCAGGCUGCGAAGAUGUGUUUUAUUUGAAGGUAAAUGGGGCUAUCUACAUGAAGGAAAAUAACCUCAUUCAGCCCUAUGUCUUUUCCAGAGAGAAGUACUAUCAUGAAUUUCUUACAAAGCAUGCCUCAGUGGAUACUUUGUUUAAUGAAGUGAACCAAUUGUACAAAAUUUCUAAACACCCUUCUAUCGUUGCUGACUCUCUCAUCUUGGAGACUAUAAGAAAACGCGAGGCUUCAAUAUCCUUUGACAUAACAUGGCUAGACUCGUUGUACGAAAAACCGUUAUCAGAAUAUUUGGCCACAAAAGUAACGCCUCUGGUUUGUAAUGCUGGCAGACUUCUUAUAACGAACAAAUCAAUUUGCUUCCAGCCGUUUAACUCGGAACCGGUGAUUGUUGAAAAGUAUUCGUUUUCAAGUAUAAUCCAAAUACAUAAGAGAAGAUAUGGAGGCGUUCACCGUGCCUUAGAAUUUUUUUUCAAACUCUUCGGAGUAUGCGACUAGAAAUGCCAUUCAGGGUUUUUUUUUUAGUUUUGAACAAAAGAUUAUCCGGGAUAGGGUGUUCGAGUUACUUUUAUCUCAGUCCGAGUUGAAAAAUUCGAAGGCUGAAGAUCAGGAGCAAAUCAUCCAAAAAUGGCAGCAAAGAAUUAUUUCAAAUUUCGACUAUCUUAUGUACAUCAAUAGUGCUGCCUGCCGUUCUUUUAAUGAUUUGGCUCAGUAUCCGGUUUUUCCCUGGGUUAUCUCAGACUACGAAUCACCUACUCUUGAUUUUAACGAUGUUUCUAUCUAUCGAGACCUGAGCAAGCCCGUUGGGGCGCUCAACCCAGAAAGAUUAGAGUUGUUUCGACUUCGGUAUCAAGAGACGCCGAAGGACCAAGAUGCUUUUCUCUAUGGCACACAUUAUUCUACUCCGGCUUAUGUACUGUACUAUUUGCUUAGAUGUUUACCCGAACAUAUGCUAAAGUUGCAGAAUGGGAAAUUCGACGAGCCAGAUCGCCUGUUCAACUCCAUCUCUGAAACCUGGAAUAACGUGCUCGCUAAUCCGACGGAUCUGAAGGAGUUGAUUCCAGAAUUCUUUUGUGUAGAGACGGAAGGGCGCUUUCUUGUGAAUGAAAAAGACAUCAAUUUUGGGAUCAGACAAAACAGACAACAGGUGGCUGAUGUAGCGCUCCCUGCUUGGGCAAAGACCCCAAUUGAUUUUAUCUGUAUGAACAAGCUGGCGCUUGAGAGCGAGUAUGUAAGUGCCCACUUGCACGAGUGGAUCGAUUUGAUAUUUGGAUAUAAGCAGACUGGCCCAGAGGCUGUGAAAGCAAAUAAUUUAUUCCAUUCUUUGACGUAUGUAGAUCAAAUUGAUAUUGAAGGGGAAGAAGACCCAGCAAGAAAGGAGAUCAUAUUGAUGCAAAUCAAUGAAUUUGGACAAGUUCCUGUACGUCUUUUCGAUAAACCGCACCCACAAAGAUUUUCUUCAAAAGAACAUCUCCAAGUAAACAGCAGUCAUUGCACCGAAAUAGCAAAAACACCUCAACUUUUCUCAAAAAUUACUGGUCCAUCUCCGCUCGACGCGGCAGCCUCGAAAGACCUGCCUCCUGAACCAUUUAACUAUGAGGAUGUCAGACAUUCUAAAUCGAAACUGGACUAUGGUAUUAUCACUCUUCAAGAGUUUGAACAGCUCAUAAAGCAAGAAUGUAUCAGCGACGCCAGUCUCCAUUCUCUUCGGCCUGCCAAUGUUCCCGUAAUCGAAGAGUCCCUCCUGAUGAGAACCUAUUCCCCCCACAACGAGUCGGCCGUUCGCUCACCCCCUUCUCAUCAAAGCACAGCGAAAGACUGCUCACGUAUGACAACCUUCAACUGUAACUAACUACAUUUGAGAUGUUCAUAACGCAUUCGAGUAGAGCCCCUAUGGCCGUCGCUAGCACCAAACCUCAGCUGAAACCAAACCGCGUCUCAUCACCUGUCAUUACAAAAAUAUGCAUGCAACGGCCAUACUCUUAAAACAGAUAAUUCGCACACUUAAGAAACCAGUAAAACCGAGAAUGGAUAAAUACGUCCCCGUGAUUCUGCCCGGCAAAAAUGCUCGAUAUAAAGCUGAUUUUGAGCAGAAUUGCAUUUGAGGGGGAGCUUUUUUUUGCGCGGCUAUCGGGCAGCUCCAUGUUCCUUAAAACAUACCGAUAAAACGAGAUGCCUCAAUGAAUUUGAAUUUGGUGAAACACGCGAUAUACAGACAUUAAAAUAGUCUAAUUUGGUGAAAAGCGAAUUGCUUUCAAGUACAAAAAUUGUGUGUCGCACAUAGUACAACUUUCCGUGUAUUUUCUUUCAGACAAAUUCUGUUCCCAACCAGACGUUAAGAGUGAGGCCCUCUCCUCAAAGAUGGCAUCGAUAGGCUCUACAUUCGAAGGAAAUGAAUAGAGCAAGGCCAAGACUAUAAAUAGGCGUAUUAUCUGGAAAGCAUUUUCUAUCACUCGUGAAUAGCUUUCGAAAAUAGGAUAUUCAUUUCAUAAAUUGUAUCGCCUUGACAUAGAAGCUCUCUUAAAGCUCAACAGGAAAAAGAGUUAGUGCAAUGAAACUCGCCUGAGUAUUAUAUAUUAUGCGCGACGCUAUCAGAGAGACAUAUUUGAUGGAUAUGUCCAUCGAGAUGCUUGUGUUUUUAGAAUUCUGCGCCUAUAACAACUGAAAAUGCCUAGUGCAAAAAAGGCUGAAACACGACAGCUUUGGAAAAUUGUAACUAUUAUUAUUUCGAAAACAAAAAUACAGAUGGCA